AUUUAUUAAACGAGCCUGCAUGAUCUGUGCGUGUGAAGCUCUGGGAAGGAAGCGUGAAGGCUGGGAGGCCAGUCCCCAAACCCUGCCUGAGUGGACCCUUUGGCCAGUGGAGGGUGCAACCAUGGAAAGCAGUGUGGCUAGAGUGGCCCACAGCUGAAGGACACCUGGUGGUGACCAAGCCAUGUACCUCACAUUCUGGAACAGACUUCAGGGACACAGGGACAUGGAGCUUGAUGAAGAUUACCAGUCCCCAUUUGAUUUUGCUGCUGGAGUGAACAAAAACUACCUCUACUUGUCUCCCAGUGGAAAUCCAUCUCCACCUGGAUCUCCUGUUCUUCAGAAAUUUGGUCUACUGAGAACAGACCCAGUACCUGAGGCCAGAGAAGAUGCUGCUGCUACAAUCAACGCCACAGAGACCCUGUCAGAGGAGGAGCAAGAGGAGCUAAGGAGAGAGCUUGCAAAGGUGGAAGAAGAAAUCCAGACUCUGUCUCAGGUGUUGGCAGCAAAAGAGAAGCAUCUAGCAGAGAUCAAGCGGAAACUUGGAAUCAAUUCACUACAGGAGCUAAAACAGAACAUUGCCAAAGGGUGGCAAGACGUGACUGCAACACCAGUAUACAAGAGGACAUCUGAAACUUUGUCUCAAGCUGGACAGAAGGCUUCUGCAGCUUUUGCAUCUGUGGGAUCUGUCAUCACCAAAAAGCUGGAGGAUGUAAAAAACUCUCCAACUUUCAAAUCAUUUGAAGAAAAGGUUGAAAACUUAAAGGCAAGUAGAGAGUCGAAAGUAGGGGGAACCAAGCCUGCUGGUGGUGAUUUUGGAGAAGUCUUGAAUUCAACUGCAAAUGCUAGCGCCACAUCUGUGGAACCUCUUCCAGAACAGACUCGGGAGGGCCUGUGAGAUCCUGCCUUUGUCCUGCUACCCACUGCCAGAUGCUGCCAGCAAGACCCAAGCACAUCUUGUCAAUGGUCAUUGCCAUGAAUUCCCACCCCAUGUGCUUUUAUUUAGCCUUACAUAUUUUUUUGACCAAAUAGUCUGUGGAUUGAAUAAAAUAAAAGUAUCUUCACCUCUGUA